UGGGCCCGUACGGCCUCCCAUUGUGUGUCUCCAUCGCCAACUCUGCCCUGUGCCAUUUUAGGUCUCCCCACACUGCUGGUGGUUUCCAUUUUUUUCAUAGGGGGGCUGUAUGGCCCCCCCUUUGCGCGCCCCCAAAACCGCCACACUGUGGCCCACACUCUGGUUGGGCCCCGUGACUGCCCCAAAUGAUGAAGUGUGCGUGAUUCUAAGAUCGACGGCACCCAUCUGCAUGUCUUAACGACUGUUCAGUAUUAUUUUCUUCUCCCAGCAGACUCCAAGGGCAUUUAAAUUAAAGGUACAGUGUUCUGCACUAAUAAUAA